AUGAGUACAAACUCGACACCAAGAAAGCAAAAGCUUUCCAAUUCAAAAUCAUUACAAAAUUCACCAAUCUCUCCAACUGUUAAAAAAACAAAUUCCUUCCCUUUAGGAAACAAUAUACCUACAAAUAUUAAUAGAAGUAAAAAAGAUAAAAAUAAUAACAGUAAUAAUAAUAUUAAUAAUAAUAAUAGUAAUGGUAUAGGCUCAAACACUAUUAUAAAUUCGACACCAAUUGCAACAACACCAGUCCCACCACUUCCAUUCAUCCAUUCAUCUUCAUCUUCAUCUUCAUCUCCAUCUCCAUCUUCAUCUUCGUCAUCACCAUUUCCAAAAGCAAAAAAAUCACCAUCACUUUCAAUUAACCAACAACAACAACAACAACCACAACAACCACAACAAUCACCACAAUCACAACAAUCACCACAAUCACAACAAUCACAACAAUCACAACAACAACAACCUCAACAACCACAAGAACAACAAGAACCUUUGCCAAAUUUAUCGUUUUUACGAAACCAAGAACCUGAUAAAAAUGUUUUGCCUACAUCUAGAAAACGACCACCAUCUGUAAUGCCUAGUACACCAAAUCAAUCAUCAAAUUCUUCAUCACUGAAUUCUUCAUUAAAUUUUUCAUCAUCAAAUUCUUCACCAUCACCAACAUCAACACAAUCUAAUAACAGUAGAUUUGAAACAAGGAGCCAAAAUGAUCAAUAUGAAAAUAAUAAUAAUAAUAAUAAUAAUAAUAAUAAUAAUAAUAAUAAUAAUAAUAAUAAUAAUAAUAAUAAUAAUAACAUAGAAUGUAUAGUUAUUGAUGAUGAUGAUGAUGAUGAUGAUGAUGAGGGUAAUUCCAUUAAAUCAACACAUACAUCAACACAAUCUACUCCUAUACGAGAUAGAAGACAAAGGGAUAAUAAAUGGACAAUAAACCCUCUCCCACAAUUUCAAAGAGAAAUUAUUGAUGUUGAUACACCUUCUCCACCAAAUGAAUCAUUAUCAAUAGUUUCACAAACUACAACUAAUACUAUUACUGAUACCACUUCAAUUCAAACACCAACAUUAAUUCGACAAUCAUCAUCAUUAUUAUCAUCGUCAUCAUCAUUAUCACCAUCAACUACUUCAACACCAUUAACUCAAAAUAAUAUUAAUUUACAAAACGCUCAAGUAAUUGCAACAAUGACAGCGCCAAUGGAAAUUGAACUACCAACAAUUGUCCAACUUGAACCAUUAUUUUCUUCUGAAUUCACAACAUCAACUCAAAAUUUAUUUAUUCAAACACCACCAUUUACUUCAACUUUAACUCUACCUACAACUACAGCUCAAACAUCACAAACUCUUUUUACAAUCCAAACUUCACAUGAUAUUAAUAAUAAUAAUAAUAAUAAUAAUAAUAAUAAAAAUAAAAAUAAAAAUAAAAAAGAAAUUGAAAAAGAAAAAGAAAAACUACGAGAAGCUUUAAAACAAAAAUUAAAAGAAUAUGAGAAUGAAAAUGAAAAAGAAAGAGAAAAAGAGAGAAAAAGGGAAAGAGAAAUAGAGAUAGAAAGAGAGAGAAAAGAAAGAGAAAGAAAAGAAAGAGAAAAAGAGAGAAAAAAAGAAAAAGAGAGGGAAAGAGAAAGAGAAGAAAGAGAGAGAAAAGAAAUAGAAAGAAAAGAAAGAGAAAGAGAAGAAAGAGAAGAAAGAGAAAGAAAAGAAAUAGAAAGAAAAGAAACAGAAAGAAAAGAAAUAGAGAGAAAAGAAAUAGAGAGAAAAGAAAUAGAGAGAAAAGAAAGAGAAAGAAAAGAAAGAAAAGAAAGAGAAGAAAGAGAAGAAAGAGAAAGAGAAGAAAGAGAAAGAAAGGAAAGAGAAGAAAGAGAAAAAGAAAUAGAAAUGGAAAGGGAAAAAAAGAAAGAAAAGGAAAAGGAAAAGGAAAAGGAAAAGGAAAAGGAAAAGGAAAAGGAAAAGGAAAAGGAAAAGGAAAAGGAAAAGGAAAAGGAAAAGGAAAAGAAAAGAAAAGAAAAUGAAGUAGAAAAUGAAAUAGAAAAAGAAAGAAGAGAGAAAAAUGACUCAUAUAUGGUUUUAAAUUAUCACCAUAGUAUAGAUGAUCAUCAUUCAGAAUCAGAAUCAGAGUCUGACUCUGACCAAGACUCAAUUUAUUCAAUUUCAACACAAGAAUUAUCUUCUGUUAUUAGUGAUAAUGAUUUUUGCGAUAGUGAUAAUGAAAAGGUGGCAAAUAAUAAUAGGACCGUUGGUGAAACAUUUUUAAAUGAUAGUAGGAAUAAUAAUAAUAAUAAUAAUAAUAAUAAAAAUAAUAAUAAUAAAAAAAUUGAGAAUGAUAAAAAUCAAUUAAUAGAAAGAGAAAGAUUAAUUAGUGCAUUUAACGAUAAAGCAUUUCUUUAUGCACUCGAUACAAUUCGUGAAGUAUUAGGUGGUAUUGAUUUUAAAUUAAAGGUAUCAAAAGAACAAAUCAUCGAAAUUAGCACGAAUGCUAAAAAACCUUUAAAUAUAUUAUCUGAACCAGAACAACAACAACAACAACAACAACAACAACAACAACAACAACACCAACAACAACAACAACAACAACAACAACAACAACAACAACAACAACAACAAACAACAAAAACAACUACCACAACAAAUAAUACCACUACCACUACAGCUGAAACUGAAAAACCAAAAGAAGUAUUUUUAUUAAAGAAACCAAUUAAAAUACCAUAUGGUAGGGAUUGUAAAAAAAGAUUGAUUAGAAGAUUUCAUGGAACAUCACGUAAUCCAUUAUUUCAUAAAAAUUUAGAAUCAACUCUUAAAUUAUUAAAGAGAGCGAAAUUCGAUUGGGCAAGUAUAGAAUUUGAUACUAAAUCUUAUUUAAUGAAUUGUAAUUGUAAAACAGUCUGUCAUAAAUCUGAAAGAAUGAAAGAUAAUCCUACAAAUAAACUUCAAAAUAAUAAUAGAAAUAAUAAUAACAAUAAUAAUAAUAUUAUUAAUAAUAAUAAUAAUAAUAAUAAUAAAAAUAAUAAUAAUAAAAAUAAUAAUAACAAAAAUAAUAAUAGAAAUAAUAAUUCAAUUGCAAAGAAAAUUGGAACUAAUAAUAAUAAUAAUAAUACUACUAUUAUUAAAAAUAAUAAUAAUAAUAAUAAUAAUAAUAAUAAUAAUAAUAAUAAUAAUAAUAAUAUUAUUAAAAAUAAUAAUAAUAAUAAUAAAAAUAAUAAUAAUAAUAAUAAUACAAUUGUUAAGAAAAUUGAAACUAUAAAAAAAGAUAUUAAUAAAAAACCAACCAAAACAACAACAACAACAUCAUCAUCAUCAUCAUCAACAUCAUCAUCAAAUAGUUUAACAGUUAUAAAGAAACCAGUUAAAAAAAUCAAUGGUAGUCAACGUAUUUGUUUAUUUGAAGAUGAUUUUGAUGUUGGUAUUGGAGUUCCAGUAACAACAGGAACAUCAGAAACAACUACAACAAGAGCAUCAUCAAUUAGAAGGAAAAUGAAUAUUUCAAAUAUUUUUGAUGAUUUUACAAAGAAACCAAGACAGAAUAAAUAUAAUGAAAUUGAAAUGCCAGAUUUAUUCGCAUCAAAAGAGUGCAACUAUACAUUGGAACAACAAGCACCAUUCAUUAGAGCACAAAAACUAUUGUUGACACAACAACAUGAAAAUAAUUUAUAUAAUGGUAAAAGAUUUAUGAAAUAUGAUGAAUGGUUAGAUUUAUAUCAUGGUGAAAUGAGAUCAUCAAUACAGAAUCCAAAAGUGUUGAAACACUAUAUAAGUUUCUCUCAAGAGGUUUAUGGCGAAGCCGAACCAACACUAUUAAGACACUGGAUUCAUCUUGGUUUAAUUAAACCAACCGAUGUAUUUUGUGAUAUUGGUUGUGGUAUUGGCAAUGUCUUGUUUCAAUUGGCUGCUCAAGUCGGUUGUAGAGUAAUAGGUGUGGAGAUCAGAAAAGACCUUUAUGAUAUCUCUCAAAGUAUGUUGGAAAUUUAUAAAAAGCGCUCAUUGGAAUUAGGUUUACAUCCAAGUACUCAACAAAUUAAAAUCUACAAUUGUGAUGUCAAAGGUUCACUAGAGUUUGAUUUCUCUGAACCCAAUGUAUUCUUUAUGCACAAUACUUGCUUUGGUCCGGAAUUAGAGAUUUCAAUUAUGGAAUUAUUUAAAAAAUAUUCGAAACCAGGUACAAAAGUUAUAACAAUGAAAACACUUUGUCCACGUUUUAAACCUUCCGAUAAAAAAACUAAACCAUGGGGUAUCUUUAAGUAUCCCUAUGAAAGUUAUGAAAUGGAAGAAGGUUCUUUAUCUUGGAGAUCCGCUACAAAUUGUAGUUUUUACUCUUUUACAAUCGAUGAUAAAGAUUCUGAUAUUGUUACUGACCAAACUCAUUUAAAUAGAGUUAUAUUAUCAACUCCAAAGAAAAAACAUUCAAAAUUACAAUUAUUUUCAUCUUCUUCAUUACCAUCAUCACCACCGUCAUCAUCAUCAUCAUCAUCACCACCAAAUAUUGCUACUAAUACUACUACAACUACAACAACUACUACUACGACUUCCCCUUCAUCAAUUUCAUUACCAUCACCAUAUUUAUCACCAUCUAAAAAAACACCAAAUAGUAAUAAGAGAGACAGAAGUGAUAUUGAUAAUAGUAACUCUGAUGAUGGUGAUGAAAAUAAUAAUAAUAUUAAUAUAAAUAAUAAUAAUAAUAACAGUAAUAAUAAACCAAUUAAAUUGAAAUUAUCAAUGGAUCAUUCAAUUGAUAAUCAAAGUAAUAGUGAAAGUAGUGAUACUGAUGUUGAAUAUAUGCCAUGGUCUAAAAGAAAUAAUAGAAAAAAGAGAAAAUCACUUUCAUAUUCUUUGGAUUCAUAUUUAUCUUCUAGAAUAUCUCCAUCAUUAUCUUUAAGUACCUCUUCUUCUUCCUCUUCCUCUUUAGAUUCUUCUCCAUAUUCAUCACCACCAUCCUCUUCUUCUUCUGAUAAUGAAAAUGAUGAUGAUAAUGGUGAUGAUGAAGAUGAUUCCUCUUCAUCAAAUGAUACUAAAUUAAAAGAAAAAUUACUUUUAAUGAAAAAUAAUGAAAAGAUUGGUGGUGCACCACCAUUAACUAGAAGAAAUGCUAAUAGUGAUACAAAUAAAUUGGUACAAGGUUGUUAUCAAAGUUUAUCAUCUUAUGCUCUUCCAAAAGAAGAGAGUCAAAUUCAUAAAUUACAAUUACAAGCUAAACUAUUAGAACAUAAAAACAGUUUAGUAUUAAAACAUCAAAAAUCAAUUCAUGACCAACAAAAGAGAUUAUCAAGAAAACAAAAAAAACUGGCAAAGAAAAACAAAAAGAAAGAACAGCAAUUACAAGCUCAAGCUAAAACUAUAAAUUAUAAUAAUAAUAAUAAUAAUAAUAACCAAAAUGAUAACCAAGUUAAUCAUAAUAAUUUGAACGAAAAUGAAAUUAAUACUGAUUUAAUUAAUGGUUAUAAUAAUAAUAAUAAUAAUAAUAUAAUUAAUAAUGAUAAUGAUAAUGAUAAUGAUAAUGAUAAGGAUGAUGAUAAGGACAGCAACAAUAAGGAUUAUAAUAAUAUUAACGAUAAUAAUAAAUAA